UUUUGAAUUUGAGCAUUAAAUCAUGCUUUGCAUGCGUAUCACAAUAAUAAAUAAUUACACCCGCUAGUACAGGUACUAGAGAUCGACAAACAAAAUGUUGCUGCAACGAAUACUGCUUAUCUCCAUAAACUGCAUAAAAAGCCAAAAAGUCGAGUCGAGUGUGGGCAAGUGCGUCCGAUCCUUAUGCACCGGCAGAUCUCGUUGCGACCUUUCAACAUCCAAAUGGAGAGGACGACGAUUUUACUGCGUAGCUGCAAAAGAGAAUAGCGACGAAAAGAUUUGCAGCGUCGGUACCAUAGGCCACGUCGAUCACGGCAAGACCACCCUCACUGCUGCUAUCACAAAAUAUCUCGCUGCACAGGACAAAGACUGCAAGUACGUGCCCUACGAUGAAAUCGACAAGGCACCCCAGGAGAAAGCUCGAGGCAUCACCAUCAACAUUGCCCACGUUGGUUACAAAACUAAAAAAAGGAGAUACGCCCACACCGAUUGCCCUGGUCACUUGGAUUUCAUAAAGAAUAUGAUCAGCGGAGCCUCUCAGAUGGAUGGAGCUAUUUUGAUUGUUGCAGCCACAGAUGGGCCCAUGCCUCAAACCUUGGAGCACCUUUUGUUGGCUAAGCAAAUUGGCAUCAAGCAAAUCGUUGUUUUCAUCAACAAAGCUGAUCUAGCAGACGAAGAGGUACUAGAUCUAGUAGAGCUGGAGGUCCGAGAGCUUCUCGACAAUUAUGGUUUUGAUAGCGAAAACAGCCCUGUCAUAAAGGGAUCUGCCCUGUUGGCCUUAAAUGAAGACACUUCAAAGUAUGGAACUCCAUCCAUACAGGCUCUUUUAGAUACUCUGGAUAACUACAUUUCGCCACCGGAGAGAGACUACAAAUCACCUUUUGUAUUGCCCAUUGAUAAUGCUUUUACUGUACCGGGAAGGGGUACUGUAGUGGUAGGAACUGUUAAAAGGGGUAUUCUUAAAAAAGGCGCCGAUGCAGAACUCCUAGGAUUCGAUGAAAAAUCAAAAACCGUGGUUUCUGAUGUACAGAUUUUUCAAAAAAGUGUUACGCAAGCACCUGCUGGUGAAAACGUGGGUGCUCUAUUGAGAUCAGUUAAACUCGAAUCAGUCCGGAAAGGGAUGUGGGUGUGUGCAAAGAAUUCUCUGAAUUUCAGUAAUCAUUACGAAGCUCACAUUUACCUCCUGUCAGCUGCAGAAGGGGGUCGUCAUCGGCCACUUCCAAAGUAUGGUUACUGUUCAAGCUUGUUCAGUUCGACUUGGAACAUAUACGCGCGAGUCGAUCUAGUACUACCAACCAACGUGCACCUCAUGAUGCCUGGUGAACAAGCCACGGCGAGGAUAACACUCAUGUUUUGUAUGCCCAUGCUGGAAGGCCAAACAUUUACAAUUAGGGAACAGCAGAGAACUGUAGCGACUGGUUUAAUUACCAAAGUUCAUAAUCAAGUUCAUUUCGACAAAAGAAAAAUGAACAAAAUUGUUAUAGCUGGAGUCAACGAUGGAGUGUAAUUCGUAAUAAGACUUUAAGGAAAUUUGUACAUACUUAGCUUGUGAUUAAGAUUUAUUAAAAAAAAGUUUGUAAACUAACUUUGAGUAUA